AUGCAUCGGCCACCAUACGGGCGUGGUCAGCCACAGCUGGGCGCGACCUGGUAUCCAGGGGGCCAGGAUGAUUUUUACAUGCCAGAAGUCAUCUCCCCUUCCCCUCAAAGGGUUAUGCCUGAAGUCCCGGAGAAUAUGCAGGACAACAUCGCCCAUCUCGAGCACGAAGCCCGGAACCCCCAGCGGGGUCCCCAAAUGCCCGUGCAGUAUGACCGGUCUCGCUUCCCCGAACGAACUUCCUCCUCGACCGCCGUCGUCGUUCAGGGCGAUCCCGUGCCAUCGGGCUACGAGGCCACCACCCAUUACGAGCAAUCCGCCGCCGUCUACGACUCCAUGGAUGCGCCCAACUUCUCCGCGUUUCCCGUCCUGCGCAACCCCCCGCCAAAUGUGCCCCCCACCGACGAACAACGCGAAGCGAGUCUAGAGCGCGCCCGACUGGCCGUGCUGUCGUCCAAUGACCCCGACAUGCAAUUGGCCUGGGCCCAGGAUGCCCUGGCCUACGUUGAAAUCGCUAUGCAGAACGAAGCCCGCCUGUCCCUGAUUCAGCCCCCGCGCCCGCAGACCCCGCCCGUCGAGCGCCAGUUGAAGAUGGACGCCAUGAACAUUGUGAACUUCCUCGCCGACCAGUUCCACCCCAAGGCCGAUUUCAUCAGGGGCAUGUGGCUGGAGUUUGGCAAAUUUGGCUAUCGCGUGGACAAGAAGGAGGCCUUCCGCGCUUAUUCCAGAGCGGCGGAAAAGGGAUAUGCCCGCGCCCAAUAUCGCAUCGGAAUGCAGUUCGAGAGCUCCGGCGAACCAGAAAAGGCCAUCCGUCACUAUGAAAAGGGUGUCGCGCUGUCCGACUCUGCGUCAUUCUACCGUCUCGGAAUGAUGAUUCUCCUCGGACAGCAUGGACAGCGCCAGGAUUACCAAAUGGGGCUGGAUUACAUCCGUCUCGCGGCGCAGUCCUGCGAUGAGAAUGCGCCCCAAGGUGCUUAUGUGUACGGAAUGCUGCUCGCGCGCGAGCUCCCGCAGGUGAACGUGCCGGAAACCUUCCUUCCUCUGGACCUCAACGCCGCGCGCGUCAAUAUCGAAAAGGCCGCCUAUCACGGGUUUGCAAAGGCGCAAGUGAAGAUGGGUGCUGCGUACGAACUGUGUCAGCUGGGCUGCGACUUCAACCCGGCCUUGUCGCUGCAUUACAAUGCUCUGGCCGCACGCCAGGGUGAGCCGGAGGCUGAAAUGGCCAUCAGCAAGUGGUUCCUCUGUGGACACGAGGGGGUUUUCGACAAGAACGAUGAGUUGGCAUUCACCUAUGCCCAGCGUGCCGCUCAGAGCGGUCUCCCUACCGCCGAAUUCGCCCUGGGUUACUUCUACGAGGUCGGAAUCUUCGUCCCAGUCGACAUCAAGGAAGCUCGAAGCUGGUACGCAAAGGCCGCCGCCAGCGGAAACAAGGAUGCGUCUGGCCGGAUCGACAGCAUCUCCCGCUCCAAGACCCUAUCUCGCAAGGAUCACGAACAGGUGGCCAUCGCGCGCAUCAAAUCGCGCUAUGGGUCCGCCCAACGGCCCAACCUGUCGAGCAAGCCCGUGUCGGAAACCAUUGAGAUGCCGGAUCCUUCGCGGAUGAGCCUGAACGACAACCCCCCGAGUGCCGCCCCCUACCCAGAUCGACCAGCAUCGCGUGCGCGGCCCGUGUAUCCUCCGUCGGGCUACUCCAUGCCGGAUCCCCGACCCAGCUCGGCGUUUGGCAUCAACCCCAACCUUCGUUCUCCUGUCGCUCUCAACUACCACCGAGCGGCAUCGUAUGGACCGGGAACGGGACCCCAACAGAACUUCCGCACGGGCACUCCGUCCAGCGCGGGCCCGACCAGUCCAACGUCCGCCACGCCGAAACUUGAUAUUGGUUAUCAGGCUCCAAUGGAGCCCAGUGGCCAAGACAUGCGGAGGCGCCCGCAGCGGCUGGAUGCGGUCCCUGACCGACGACCUGCGCGGACGCCGGCCUCUCCCGGCCACGGGGGGCCCGUCGGAUCCCCUCGACCGAUGGGCUCGCCCGCGUCUGCCAACUUCCCUGGACGGAACGACUCCAUGCCCUCGCCCCCCAGCACGUCGUCGUCGUCGAAGCCGCCCUCCACCGCCUCCAGUCAGAAGCCUUCAAAGUCCCAAGGUGGUCUGCCGGGUAAAGGACCCAAGACGUUCGAGGAGAUGGGAGUUCCCACUGUCCAGAAAGAUAACGAUUGCAUCGUCAUGUGA